UCUUAUGACUGAAAGAGUGAUUCAAAAUGGAGAAGGAUGACUCCCCCACAGUUGGUGACUCCUGCCCCAGUGAAAGCCAUCAUCUCAAGGAUUGAGGCUGCCCAGCUAACUCGGGCUCAAGAGGAUAUUUCUACCCAGCUUUCAGACAUCUUGGGCAAUGUCAAUUGUGUCAUCAACCGUUUCCAGGAAGAAUUAGGAUAUGAUUUAAAAGAAAAGACAAAAUCUCACCAGACAGAGCAGAAGGGUAAGAAGAGAUUCAUCUUGCUGGAGAAAAUUGCCUCCUUCUCCAAAGAUGCUAAGAUUAAAGACAAGCACCUGUAUGAAAUUCUCCACUGGCUGGGUGACUGGGGUGACAGUCUGACCUAUGAGAUCAGGAACAGGAGGAGUGAAGAGGAAGAAGAAGCCCUGGAUGAAUGGAUUGAGGGGAUAGAGAAAGUGUUACCUCUCUCCCUCAUUGCCACCAAAGGAGGCAUCAAGUCACUCAUUUCCCUUUGCUCUACUCUUAUUGAAGAACAAAAGAAAAGGGCACAAAUGUCCAAAUGUACCUUCUGGUAGGGCUGGCAGGAAAAAAGUCCACAAAAAUCUAUACCUUACCCUCAGCCACCAAGUCCAGAGCAGAUGCUCCAGGAAAAUCACAACACCUGCACUAAGGUCUUCGAGGUGAAGUCCAUGUUGCAGGAGCUCAUAGACUCUAACAUGUUCAACAAGGGGGAGGUCAGAGCCAUCAGGUACAUGUCCACCAUGGUGGAGAACCUUAGCAAGGCCUUGAUUCUUCAGCACAAGGAGAACAGGAGCCUGGAGACCAAAUAUAAGCACCUGCAAACAGAGAUGACCAAAGCGUUAAGCAGCCAGAGGCUGCACUUCCAGAAGUCCAUUCAAGCCCUUGAAAGCAAGAGGGAUGCUCUACUAAAGCAGGUAGAAAUUCUAGGGGGAAAGUACCAUGACCUUCUCCUGAUAAAGGAUGCCUUAGAGUUCCAGCUGAAGAAGGCUCAGACUGAUUGGAGUCAAGCAGAAGACCUCACCAUGGUUCUUGUUGACUCUCCAGGCCCCCCUGAGAAAGACACUCUCCCCAAAAAAGAAACAGUCAUGGAGGAAACCCAACAAGAGCCCGAGGAGGAGAAGCAGUUCUUUUCACCAGUUUCCCCAAGUCCUUUGGCCAUGGCUUGGGACAGUGGUGCCACACCUUCAGCACAUCAGCCACUUUCCACCAUGACCACGCACUCGAGGAUCGCAGAUGUGUUCAGCAGCAAGGGCGGUGAAAGCCUUGAGCCUGUGUUGUUACCCUCUGCAGAUCACAGGUUUCCUAAAAAAUGCGAAAGACUAGUGGCAGAAAGCUCAGGCCACAAAGACAAAGACCAGGAGGACUACUUCCAGGAGAAGGAAGGACUCCAAAUCAAUUCCCAUUUUAGGAAGCAGUUGUCUCUAGAGAACUCCAGGAAGGUGCCCUCGCAGAGCCAAGCGGAGCACUGGGAGGAGGAACGCAGCUGGGAGAAGCAGAGGCAGCAGUGGCUGGAGGAGGAGGAGAUGUGGCUGCCGCGGCAGAAGAAGUGGGCCCUGCUGGAGGAGGAGCACCAGGAGAAGCUGCAGCAGUGGGAGAUGGAGGAUGCAGCCAGGCAGCGGCGGCACAGAUUUGGCCAGCCAGAAAAGGAGCAAGAGAGCCCACGGAGAGAACUGGAACAGCCAAAGGACAACAUGGAGAGGAUGAUCUUCACACACACCAUUCAAAGGCGGGACUUAGAGAAGGCAGAACCAUUGCUAGUGCCCCCUCGAACCCGGGCCCAAUCUGCUCACCAAAUUAGGAGGCCACACUUGCCCAGGUCCCCUAAUACCCAGCAGCCUGCCCUAGGAAAUCAGAGACCCAUGAGUUCAAUUGGAUUUACCCAUAAACAACAGGCCCACCGCGUUCCCACAAAACCCAAGAAAUCUGCCUCCUUUCCCAUCACUGGGACAUCCAUCCGAAGAGUGACCAAGCCCUCUUUGCAGAUAUCCCCCGCAACUGCUAAGGAGAAGAUGUACCACAUGGACAUGGAGGCCCAGAGGAAGAAUCUACAGCUCCUGAGUGAGAAGUCUGAGUUAGGGCUGCCCCACUACCUGCGCAGCAAGGCGUUAGACCUCACCACCACCACCAUGGAGCUGAACACAUUCCGGCUGCAGUACCUGUGCCAUAAAUACAUCCUCCACAGAUGCUUCCAGAGCCUCCGACAAGAAGUGAUCAACCACAUACAAAUCAUGCGAGAAACAGGGGCUCCCUACAAGGCCCAGAACCUCUACAUCUUCCUGGAAAACAUCGACCACCUGCAGAAGUGCACGCUGCAGACGUGGACCGACAAGCAGAAGGGCCUGGAGGAGAAGCGCCGAGAGUGCCUGAGCAGCAUGGUGACCAUGUUCCCCAAGCUCCAGCUGGAGUGGAAUGUUCACCUGAACAUCCCUGUGGUCACCUUGCCAAAGCAAAGGAAGUACAAGUCGUCCCCAGUCUUACCCCAGCGCAUUUGCCCCAGCGGCCCCACCAGCAAGCAGCCCUUUCCAUCCAAGCACCGGGAAAGUGUGCCCUUGCAGAUGGCCUGGUAG